AUGGCCGCUCCAAAGAGAGUUACUCUCAAGGAAGCGGGUGCACCAGAUUAUGUUCUUCAACCCGUUCAUGUGCUUCAUCCAAACUUGAACGCGAAUUUUAAACUCAAGACCGCUUUGAUUCACCUCCUACCUAAGUUCCAUGGACUUCCCGCACAAGAUCCUAUUCGACAUCUCAAGAAUUUUCAUAGUGUAUGCUCAACAACUAGACGGGAAGGAUCCGAUGAAGUUGCUAUAUGGUUGUUUACUUUCCCAUUCUCUCUUGAAGAUAAAGCUAAAGAGUGGUUUUACACUCUACAUAGUGAUGUUAUUUUCGAUUGGGACUUGCUUAGAAGAGGGUUCUUAGAAAAAUUCUUGCCCGCGAAAAGGAUGGACAAGCUAAGGAAAGAGAUCUCAUGCAUUGUGCAAGGCGAAACGGAACCCCUAUGCGAGUAUUGGGAGCGGUUUCGCAAACUUCUUGACGCAUGCCCCAACCACAUGAUUGACACUCAUGUGUUGCUCAGCUACAUAUGCCAAGGAAUGCGAGAACAAGAUAGGACUCUUCUGGAUUCCUCUAGCAAUAGUUCUUUGUCUAAAUAUAGGACGACGGAGGAAGCAUGGCAACUCAUUGGCGACUUGGCCGAGUCCAACCAACAUGUUAGACGGAGAGUCAACUGCCCAAAGACUGUGAAUGAAGUAUCCUCUAGUAGCAAGACCACCGCUCUUGCUAAAUCCUUGGGCAAGAUGACAAACAUCCUAAAGCAACUCCAAUUGGGUCAACAACAACCUCAUCAACAACAACCUCCACCACAUCCUCAACAAUAUAGUCAACAAUUGGUCCACCAAAAAGUGUGUGGCAUUUGUUCUUGCUAUUCCCAAUACACGGACGAGUGCCUAAGUCUUCAAGAAGACAACACCUUGGUGGCUACCCACAACUUUUAUGACCGCCCAAAUCAAGGAUACUACCAACAAGGCAGCAAUUUCAACCAUGGGUAUCCUCAACAAGGAGGAAACUACAAUCAAGGGGGUGGCAAUUCUAAUCAAAAUUGGAGGGAUAACUCCAACCAAUGGAGGGACAAUUACCAACAAGGAGGUAGGAACAACAACAACAAUUGA